AUGGCGCGGCCUACCUGCAUCCAAGUUAACAGCGACAGGCGCCUCGGGUCUGCUCGCUUGCGCUUGCGGUCUUCCGCCUCUCUUCGGCUUCCUCGCCCGCCGGCGCCGUCGUGUCUCCUUCAGCCUUCACGCUCGCGCCCUUCUGUUUGCUCCGCGUCUGCCUCAAGUUCACGGCCCCCCUCUGCUUCUUCGCCCUUCGGCGUCUCCGCUUCACUCGCCAGCGCCUCUCUUCUCGCCUCGGCGGUGUCUCAGCUUCGCUCUCUCUGCGUGCCUUCCGCGGCCUGCUUUCUCUCCGCAUCCUCCGCGCCUUCUUCGGCUGCCUUCUCGCCUUCCCCUCGUUCUUCUAGCCGAUGGGUGACAGUCUCUCCACGGGACCACGCUGCUCGCGCGUUCGCGUGUGCCCUCAGCUCGGCGCCGAGAAGAGGCGAACUGGAGGGCAGCGAGCGAGCUGCUGCAGAGAGGCUCUGCCCGCCGAGAAACUGCGGCGACGAGGCGCCGGACUGCGAGCCGAGCCGUGAACAGCCGGAAGUCCUUCUGCUGCAUGUCCUGUUCAAAGGCGGGCCUCGGGGGCACGUCAAGGGCAUGAGGAAGAAGACGAAAGAAGAGAUCCUCUGGGAAGCGCGCGAGGCGAUCUGCCUCGCGCGCGCGGCCAGCUGGCGAGUCGUUCCGGGCCCUGGGUCUCUUGCAGCAGGCGGGCGAGACGGCUGGCAGUGGGCGCUGUGGGAAGAGCGCGACGAGUGCGACGAGGAGGACGAAACUCUGGAGUGCGCGCGCUCGUCACCGCCUUCAGAUCUGUCGAAUGCUGCGCGUCCCGAUCCGGCCUCGGCGCCGACGGAGGCCAUGCCCACCGGCCCUGGAGUCCCGGAGCUCGGAGCGGCGCUCUCGGCGUCUGCGCGUCCCCUCGAGGGGGGUCGUUCCUCGGCUGACUCGGUCGGUUUUCCAGCUUCUGGUGAGCAGCCUUCAUCGCAGGACGGCGUGGCUGUAGCGACGACCGGCCGGCCCUCGGCGCACAGAGGCGCCGCAGAGGCCUCGCGCGACGGCGAAGGCGAAGGCGAGGGCGAAGCGGAGCUUUCGUGCGCGGGGGUCACGCGGAGAGAGAGCGAAGCCAAGCGGCGACGCUUCAAAGAAGAAGACGAGGAGAUUGCACUUGCAGAGAGCUGCGUCGUCGUGGUGCGGCAGGAAAGCCCGCAGUUCCUCUUUGGGAAGGGCAAGGUAGGCGUGUGUCUCUUUCGGAUGUGGGGCGUUUCUUUGAAGAGCUCCGAUCCGACAGUUGAGUACAUCCCGUUGCUCUGCGGAGCCUCGUCAUCUGAGUCUUUCCUCAUGCGGCUCCAGACUGGGCGGCUCUCUGCGCCUCGCCUCCCCCUGCAGUUUCGGGGCGCACUCUUGUUUUUGUCGGGCGCCCUUCAGCUUCAGGAGCUCGUUUCCUUCUUCGGCAGGCGACCCACGCCGUUUGUGUUCAUCAACUGCAGCAGCGCGUUCACGUCCGUGCCUCUCCCUGAGAGCUUAGCGGAGAGUUACGCCGAAGGCGGUCGCUCGCCGGAUUCGCCAUCUGAGCGCGACGGGGCCGCAGGGCAGCAGGCCUCCUCCGCCGCGUCUCCGCUUCUCCACGGGCAGUAUGGCUACUACAGCCGGAACCGGACGAUCGCGGGGCGGCUGAUGAUGAGCUCGAGCACAGACAAGUCGAGCGCAGGGCUGCGGCCGGUUCAGCUUGAGUACCUUCAACAGGCCUUCGAGGCUUCGCUGGCGGGCGCCGCGGCCUCGUUCGACGAGCUGCGCCGGCGCGAGCGCGCGCGAGGCUGUUUCCUCCCUGCCUGUUCGGCCUCGCUCGCCAGAUACAACUUCCUGCUGCCCUCCAGCGGCGCCGAGCCCGCCGCGGACUGGGCGCAGACCGACGACGACGAGGCGACUGCCGCCGCUGGCGCGGAGGCGUGGAGGGGGGAGGGCGCAGACGACGCGGCCGAAGGCGAGGCAGGAGGCGAAGAAAGCGACGGAGAAGACCUGGAGGAGGCCAACACGCGGAUUCUGGAGUGGCUCAAAAGACGAGAGAAAGUGCAGGUCGUCGACCGCCAACGAGUGAUUCUCGAAAUCUUCACGACGCAAGCGCGAAACAAAAAAGCGAUGCUUCAGGUGGCGCUGGCUCGGGUCGCCUAUCUUCGCUCGCGUCUGCUGUCGGGCUCAGAAGUCCGCCGGCGACAGCUGUACGAACUCAUAUACGGCGCCGCGAAGAUUCGAGGCUGCGCCCCUGGCGCUGAGGUUUCGCAGUGGCUCGGGGAGGUGACUGAGCAAUACGUGCCUUCGCCGCGGGGCCCCAAGGAAGACUUUGAGCGCCAGUACGUCGACUCCAUUAUGAAGCGCCUGCGGAGCGGAAUCGCACGGGAAGCGGCGACUCUGGCUUACCAGCGUCGAAACCGCUCGGGGUUGCCCUGUCUGGCGUUCGUUGGAUACACCAACGCGGGGAAGUCGAGGCUGAUCAACGCGCUCACCAAGGACGGGCAGCUGCAGAGCGCGGACCGGCUCUUCUGCACGCUGGACACGAAGAUGAAGCAUCUGCGGCUGCCGAACGGCGCCAAGUGUGUCGUCAUGGACUCCAUCGGCUUCAUCCAGGGCCUGCCUUUGUCCCUUUGCGGGGCCUUUCAAUCCACGCUGGAUGAGCUGCAGCACGCGGACCUGCUUCUGCAUGUCGUGGAUGUGAGCCACCCGAUGUGGCAGCACCAGCGGCGCGUGGUGCUUCAGGCACUGUAUCAGAACGCAAAAACCGUGGAGGCGAAGCAAGAAAAGCGCCCUGGCUUCGAGGAGCACGUGAAGGCCCAGCGACGCGAGCUGCUGCGCCAGCAGCUGCAGACGCCGCUGCCUGCGCUCUCGCGCUUCCUGGGCGAGAGCGCAGGCCCACGAGGCGACAGCGGGCGCAAUCACGCCGGCGCCGAGGGCGAGGACGACUCGGGCGGAGACGGCUCGCCCCGCACAGACGCGGAAGCCAGGAUGGAGACGCUGCUGCACGCGGUCGAUGCCGAGCAGGCGUUUGAGGAGACGAAACUCGUCGAGAGAGUAAUGGGUGGGAAAACGCGCAUCCUCGAAGUCUGGACGAAGGUCGACCUUGUGGAAAGCGACGCGCGCAUGGAGGCCAUCGCCCGCAUGGCGCCGCCGAACGCGGUUCUCGUCAGCGCCAAAGACGGCACGGGGCUCAGGUUCCUCACACAUAUGCUGGAAGAAGCGGUCGCCGCAACGGGCCGCGGACGGCGUGUCCGCCUCGCGCGCGUGCAGUUUCCGGUUGAGCACUCGCGCGGAGUUUUCGCCUUCAUCAGCCAAAACUGCCACGAGGCAGAUUUCGAAAUCACCUGCGCCUCUGAUGAGACCGAUGAAAAGAAUCCGAAAGGUGUCUCCCCGCGAAGCGCCUAUCUGGCCCCCCGAACCAUGAGCGUCCACGUCCGCGCGAGUGCGGAGCAGCUGCGGCAGCUGCUGAAGAAGUUCCCGGCGUGCGCCAUCCGCCUCGUGGACGAAGAAAAGUCGCCGCCGUCGCUCGGCAACCCGAAGAAGACAGACUAG